CGGUUAAUGUUGGUGUUUCUGAAUUCCGCGGGUGCCUGACGGCACAGUAGGCGCGACUUAGCGCGAGAGCGAGGUGCGAUUGGCCUUUGACAGUGGGUUGCCAUUAACGGGAGGGAUCACUCAUGUACAUACUGUGUAAAAAUGACCGAGACGAAGGUUUAAAGUUCGCUUGGCGUGUCUUUUCGUCAUUGUGUGAGCGUGCGGACAAACCGACAAGUUUGAAAUGUAUCUGACUGGUUUGUUUAAUGAAGUAUUGCAGUACACGUGGUGGAGUCCAUGGAUGGGACUUCCGGGAUGUACUCUUCUCAGGUUAUGCUCCCGACGGCGGGAUGUUCAUGCCUGAGACCAUUCCCACGCUGACUCCAGAAGCUCUGAGAUGCUGGAGUGGACUGUCUUAUCCCAAACUGGUGGUGGAAGUAGCCUCGAUCUUCAUUCCCUCUCAGCUAAUUCCCAGAGAGGACCUGAAUGUUCUCGUGCACUCUGCUUUGUCUGGAUUUGCUGUGCCUGAUGUGAUUAGAAUUGUCCAGCUGAAGGAUGGCCUGUCAAUCCUGGAGCUCUUCCAUGGAGAUACGCUCGCCUUUAAGGACCUGGCUAUGACAUGCACAGUGCGCUUUCUGAACUACUUCCUGCAGAGGGAGAAACGCAGAGCCACUGUUCUUGUUGGUACGUCAGGUGAUACAGGUGGCUCGGCCAUCCAGAGUGCAAAAGGGCUCUGCGGCGUGGAUGUGGUGGUGGUUUACCCUCGAGGACGCAUUACCCCUGUCCAGGAGAAACAAAUGAUCACUUGCCUGGAGGAUAAUAUCCAUGUCUUUGCAGCGGAUGGCUCAUCAGAUGACAUCGACCAGCCUCUGCGUCAUUUAUUUGCUGAUCAGGAACUGGUGAACUCUUAUGGCCUCAUGAGCCUAAACUCUGUGAACUGGUCUCGUAUCCUGAUCCAGCUUGCGCAUUUCAUCUAUGCGUACUUGCAGCUAAGUGGAAUGGUGCAGGAUGAGGCUCACCAACCGCUUCCUGAACUGGAGGUGGUGGUGCCCACCGGGGGAGCAGGUAACAUUGCAGCUGGCUUCAUCGUGAAGAAGAUGGGGUUGCCCCUGAAGCUGGUGGCCAUGGUAAAUGCCAAUGACAUUGUUCACAGGACAGUAACUUCCGGUGACUUCACCAUGGCACGUAAUGUCACGCAGACACUGGCUCCUGCCAUUGACAUCCAGGACCCUUAUAACAUGGAGCGAGUCUUUUGGCUGCUUCUAGAAAGAGACUCUGCUGCGGUGAAGAAUAUCAUGGAGGAGUUUCAACAGUUACAUCAUUACACUCUGCUUGAAAACCAACACAAACUGUUGUCUCAUACGCUGUCAAGUGGAACAGUGAAUGAUGAAGGCAUCUUGGCGACGACAAGGCGAUGUUGGGAGGAAAACCAGUAUGUGCUGUGCCCUCACACCGCGGUGGCCGUAUGGCAUCACUACCACUGUCCCCACGAUCCUGCUGUGAAAAGGUGUUACCUCGCCACAGCAUCCCCAGCCAAGUUUCAAGCAACAUUAAGAAGGGCCGGCUUGAACUUCGACCUACCCGAUGCAAUCGAGGCUUUGGACAAAUUACCCUCGCGUUUCCAGAACCUGGAACGCACCUCUGACUGGUGCAAAGACUGGGAGCAGAGACUGAGAAUGACAAUCCAAUCUGUGAGCUCAGCCAGGAUAAACAGAGUGGCUUUUUACAGAUGAUUGAUUGUAGGAGUUAAUCGGAGAUUUUAUUUGCUUUGAUUGCUAUAAUUUAUAUCUGACAUUUUUUAAAUCAUUUGCACAAGCAAUUCAUAAUCAAACACAGAUGAAAACAUUUUUUAAAUUCAAAUGAUGUGAGCCAGAAAGAUUCCCUUUAAGGCAGAGCCAAACGUGCCUACAUGUUGAAGAUGUUGCAUUUUCCGAGGACUUGUGAACGCAACGCUCCAUUUGACAGCGUGCUAGCAAACAUGGCGCCUGUUAGAGAGUGCCGUCAACACCUCUUGACUGUCUCUUUCUGUCAGCUGUCAGGAAGGAAGCUGGAUAGGUGAGGAUUAGUAGGAAGUGACUGUGAUCAGCUGUUGGCAUUUUUCCACCUUCCGUAUUAUUUUUUUUGAUCGACUUGCUUUUGAAGAUGAGGAGGCGGCCUGUGAGAUAGUAGGGAAUCGACCGCCACAACAUCUUUGGACGGGGCACGAACAGUUUCGACUUGGUUUCCUCACUUCAGGCGUUAUGUUAAACAGGUCAGAUAUGAUUUGACUCUACCUGCUUAUUUGGGGCUUUGCUGGAAAAAAAAAUGUCUCGUGUGACUUGAUGACUCUUUUUGGUCAGCGGAAAUGUACAAUCAAAAGCAGUCGUUUCCGACAAAGGGAAGAAUAUAAACAAUUGAAGUGUCCUUUCGAAAACGAUUGCUUACAAAGUGAAUAUAAAUGAAUUGCAUACGUUCAAUUGGGCGUCUGCAAAGUAAAUGCCUCUACGACACAGUAGUUUCUCCUUUCAAUGUGUGAAAUUUUGAAAAUUGAUUGAAGGAUACACAAGCACACAGCGUAGUGGUCCAAUGCCUUUAUUAAUGGUGACGUCACUACCGUGGCGUCAUUGCUGACCUCACCUGGAUUGACCGCUUAAAUCGUUACAUAACAAGUCCGGUAAAAACCAAGAACCUAAUAAAGGAGUAGGCCUAUUAUUAAAAUAUGAAUAUAAAAGAUCACAGAUGAAACUAACUCGCUGGCAUUUGAUCAGAUUAAUCAAAGGCCUACCAUCAGUCGUCAACAUUUUAAUCUCGAGCAAUUUUGUUAGGAUGCAAACAAAGGAACAUAUUGACGUAGGUUCUUGAAAGCUCGAAAUCAUCCUCAGCCUUACUAAAAAGUAGUCGUAUGAUAAGAAUUGGUAUGUCUGUAUUUCAUUGUAAGCCCGCUUCAAGUACAUUUUGAGAUCAGUAAACACAACAGAUCUGCACCAGUGCAGUAAUUGUGUAUGACUCAAAUGGUUUAAAGUGGUCUACAGUGAUUGAGCUGCAAAUCUUUUGACAUACCGAUGUUACUUCCACUCAUAAAUUAGUAGAUCGUUAUUAGACUGGUUGUGUUGUGUUUCAGCAGUCACCUGAUUAAAUGAAUCAAUCUG